GGCACCCGCUGGCAGGAGCCUGGCCUUUUGCUACCAGUAAGAAGGGAAAGAGAGUGGGAACCAACCGGGAGGCUCGCACACCUAAAGGAGACAUCUAAGCUGCAGCAAGCAGCAGCAGCAGCAGCAAGGGAAGCGUGAGCUUGAACCCAAGCUCGGGACCAGGAGGAACUGGAGAUGUCAUCGCUGGUGAAGGAAGACUUGGAGAAAAGACUGUUCAAGCCGCUGGCACAGAAUCUCUGCGAGUUCAUUGAGAUCGAGGUCUCUGUCCAGGACAGGUAUUACCUCUGUGUGUCAGUAACCAAAACUGAUGAAGUAAAAAUCAGCAUGGUAAAGCACUACCGAGUAGGGCUAGAUGAAAAGUAUGAAGUAACAAAAAGGUGGUCCCUGAAUGAUCUGCGGAUGAUUGACGGAAAGGAAGCAGAUACGGACAAUCCAUUUUUUGAUCUACACUUCAAGAAAGUAUACAGCUUGGAGGCCUACAGCUGUGCCUCCAAGUACUCCUUUGCUCGCACAGUGAGCAGGCUGAACCACGUGUACCUUAAGAAGGACUUACACAUCGUGAACUUCGAUUCUACCUACAUUAACGAUGACUCCAUUUGGUCCUCCAACAACAAAGACUGCCUGGUCCUCAUGAGAAUAUGCUUUUAUGCUUUCAAUCUUGUGUGCUUGUCCUUGUGUCCCCUGCCACUUUGAAGAUGUAACCCAAAGUCCUUCAUCAGUGUCUGAAGAAAAUGCCUCCCCGACUGAAUACUGAUAGUCAAAUGUUUGUUUUGCCUCUUCACUGAAGGGUAUUACUUACACUGAAAUAAGACAAGGCUUUGAGAAUUGAAAUAAAAUGUGUUUUAGUGCAGUCCUUCAACAGUU